UAGAUUUUAAUAUCCGUGUCCGUGCCUCGGAACAUGACCGGCACUGGACCUCUACCACAUCGCCGUCACGGCACCACAACCAACUGCCUCGCCAACGGCCGACUAUAAACCCUUCUCUUUCUCUAGUCUUCGCCAGUGGCCACCACCACCAGCAGGACCCCUCGCGCGCCUUGCUUCCCGUCCGCUCACGCUUCUGCCGGAGCGGGCGGGGCCAAUGGACCUCGACGCCGACAUGAUCCCGACCUCCCCCUCUGCCGACUCCUCGCCGUCCUCCUCCGACCUCGACACAGAGUCGACGGGGUCGUUCUUCCGGGACCGGAGCACGACGCUGGGGACACUGAUGGGCGUGUCGGCGUUCGGCGGCGCGCAGCAGCGGCGGGCGGCGAUGGCGCCGGCGGGGGAGGGGGGAGUGGAGACGACGCAGCGCGUGGCUCCGGAGGAUGGGGACGGGAGGCGCGGCGGCGGCGUGUGGCAGCGGAGGAGGCAGCGGCGGCGCGGUCGCAGCCUCGGCCGGAGCUGGUGGCGGCUGUGCCGGGACGACGACGGCGGCGGCGGCCCGCCGACAUCGCUGGGCGAGUUCCUGGACAUGGAGAGGCAGCUCGCGGGCGCCGACUUCCUGUGCGACGGCGCCGGCGCCUCGGGGCGGGAGGCGGCUGCGGCUGCGGCGGCGUCCGUGGCGGCCACAGCGCUGUUCGAGGACGGGAGGGUGCGGCCCCCGCAGCCGCAGUCGGCGGCCGCGGCGGAGGAGAGAGGGAGGUGGUGGCUGCUGAGGGCGCCAGAAGGGUCAUCGUCGUCGCUAGCGAGGCUGCCGGUGCUGCUCACCGGCAUCUGCAGCAGCGGAGCGGGGUGAGAACUAAUGGUGCUCAGAAACUCAAUUAAGCUGCUCUGGAGGGGUGUUUAUGUGACAAUGGAGGGGACGUUUCUUUAAGCUUCUUUGUCUCCCUUCUUUCCUUCCUCUCUCCGCAUUCUUUUGUUGCUGUCCGCCUCUCUUUUUAAGUUUUCUCCCAUUAAUUAUUGCACUUUGGUCCUUUUGGUCAUAAUGCCCAUUUGAUGCUUCUUUUUGCUUA